AUGUCCAAAACAUUUGCCAUUUUGAAGCCGGACCUGGUUUCAUGUCCACCUUUGGCUCUACAGGCACUUCGACAAAUAUUGUCAUCAAAAUUGAGGAUAACGAGGAUGGCAUUGAUAGAGAAGGCGGAUAAGUCGAGGUUAAGGCAGCUUUAUAAAGAGCAUGAGGGAAGGUUCUAUCAUAAUCGAUUAAUAAGGACGAUGGGAUCGGGCCCAGUCUUACUCAUGGAGAUGGGAGUGAAAGGUAGUUUAAACUACGGAUUUUUUUUAUUUUUUUCUUUUGAUUGUUACUUUUUUUAAGUAGUGGUGUUAAAAAGUAAUUUUGACUUUUUUCUAACAAGGAAAGUACUUCUAUGGGGUGUGGAGUUACAGGUCGAGAUAUAUAUCAAAAAAUUCGCAAAAAUUUUCUGAUUCCGAAUAUAUAAAAAUUAGCUGCCUAAUUUUGGUCUAUCAACGAGUUUUAUCAAUAAAUGUAUUUCUCGAGGAAAAAAAUCUGCGGCAACAAAAGCGCGCUCGGUCUCUUCCUUCGGAAGAGAGCGGUGUGGCCGAGUGGUUAGAGCGCUGGAUUGGGAAUCCGAAGGGAGCGGGUUCGAUUCCUUUUGCCACAGAACCCGUUUUUUUACAUUGGAACUACUUUUAAGGUGUAGUUGUAAUCCAAUUUGAUAUUUUAAGGCUUGUCAAGGCCUCAGAAUUUAUUUUAGCACAACACAAAUUUUUUUUAUUAUUAAAAACACGGUCAAAAAGACACUUGCAUGGUGUCGCGAGAAAACUUCUGAGGACAAAAACAUGUCAUCAGACCAAAAUUAGGCAGCUAAUUUUUAUAUAUUCGGAAUCAGAAAAUUUUUGCGAAUUUUUUGAUAUAUAUCUCGACCUGCAACUCCACACCCCAUAGAAGUACUUUCCUUGUAAAAAUACUCGUUUUAGGGGUUUUCGAGAGUGCUGAUUUCGAAUGACCCAAAAUAAUAUCAUAUUUAAAGUACGCGCGUCGCCAUAACUAGGGAACACUUGGCCAUUUUUUAAAAUAAAUCGCGUCGGGACCAAAAUUAACUUGAAAUCGUACGUGUGUACGGUAGAAAAAUAAUUUUUCUGCGGCUGGAGCCGAGAAUUAUUUGUUGCGUUGUUGACGAAUUGUCGGAUUCGUGGAUCAGUGUCUUUAUAAUUUGUAUAAAUAAAUCGUUUGUGGUUCGUGCAUAUUUAGCUGUAUUUUAGAUUUUUUUUAAACGAAAACUAAUGUUUUCGGUCCGAAUUUUAGGCAAGAAACGUGAAGACGAGGUCAUCUACGGGUUCACGUGCGUUGAUGAGUACGAUGUCCGGCAACGGAAGGAGUUCGAUGUAAAGUAAAUGCUCCGCGGAAGUCUUGAACUCCAUGAAUUCGAAUAGGAAAAGCACAAUUUUGCAGAAAAAGGUCAAGAUUCAGAGAAUCAUGAAGGAUCAGACUUUUGUUGGCUAGUUAAACAUGGGAUAGAUAUAUCGGUUCCAAGAAAAAUUUGGAGAUCAACCCUGACCACCUCAUCAUGAAGUAAGUUCAAUGUUUUUGACAUUGAUUACUCGGUUUUAGGAUCUCUGCGAACGUGUCAAAAAUGACAAGGUCCUGGAAGGGCCCGCCUCUCGCUCCAAUAGAAUCUCACGCAUGAUCAAGUGGUCUGGAUCUUGAUGAAGCCGGUGCCGUCGCAGAGUUCACAUGCCCCAGUGGAGACUUAUAUAAUGCGUUGAAUAAUAAUAUCAAAAAUAAGCAUUCUGAAGGUUAAUAAAUUUAUUUUAUUAUAAAUCUUGAUUCUGAAAAAGUUGGAGGGAAGAAGGUGCUGUAGUGGGCGUUGUGUUAUUGGUCGACGUGAAUGCUGUCCAAAAACUGAAAAAUUCAAAGAAAAUAAGUGGAUAAUGUCGGAAUUUUAUCAAUAAAUGGUUCUUCAGUCGAAAUUUAAACUGACAGAAGAGAAUAUGAGAGAGCUUGCUCAUGUUUUUUACAGCUUCUUUUGACGAUAAUACUAACAAAUCAUGGAUAAGAUAGCAUUAUUCACGAGGAGAAAGAAAAUCCGACAGAUUUUGAAAAAAAUCACAAAGAACAGAUAGUAAACAACUUUCUCCAACGGUCCCUGAGCUCUAGAAACAAGUGAAAAUAGAUAUAAAACAACUUACUGAGAUAAAUCCAUCGCGAUAUCAAACAACAAAAUUUCCGGCUGCAGCCGCGAAAAAAUUAUUUUUCUACCGUACACACGUACGAUUUCAAGUUAAUUUUGGUCCCGACGCGAUUUAUUUUAAAAAAUGGCCAAGUGUUCCCUAGUUAUGGCGACGCGCGUACUUUAAUCUCAAAUUUCAGAAUCCUCCUCCACCGUUGAUCCAAUAUCCGAAUGGCGAUCGAUGCUAGGCCCCUCCAAGUUACUAAAAGGAUAUCCGGAACCAGAAUCUUCCUCCACACUCAGAUGGAAGUACGCCUUAUCUGAUGUCAGGAAUUCAGCUCAUGGAGCAGAUUCUGAAGCCAGUGCACGGCGAGAAUUAGCCAUUUUCGAAGAUCAAUUAGUUCCCUUUGAUGAGAAAAAACUUUUGGAAAUGCUUAGUUUGCAAAACGUGGAGGGAUCUGAGGACGAGGACGAAGGGGCAGAGAAUGAAGUGUGA